ACCUGUAGGGGCGGCGCGACUGGACACGGCGUCGCAUUGUGGUGUGGAUCCCACACCGGAGAGACCGACCGGUGCUGAUGCGAGUGUACGCUACGAGUACUUGUGCUCGCUAAAGCCGGCUUCUGCCGCGAUGUCAAGCUCUGAAUCACCGGUCCUGUCUCCACAGGGGCUGCAUUAAGUGAGGUCGGGAUCCGCUAACAUUGAAGGGGAUAUACUGUGUCGCGCAUGCUGUCGGCAGCGAGGAAACGCGCCAUAAGCAUGUCCGAUCACGUUCGCUGGCGGGAGAGCCGGGGCUGAACGGCUCUUCUUGACGAGGGGGCUGGACCGCAGAGGCUGGAAUGGCGGUAUCUGGAGGCCGGCACCCAGCAGAGGGCUGCCUCCUGCUGUAGGGCCUUCUGUGGGAGCAGUACACGAGACGGAGCCCGCAUGGUGCCAACGCGGCUGCUGGUGGGGGUGCGCCUGCUGCUGGUGGUGUGCUCCAUCUCCCUGCUGACGCUGCUGCUGCUGCUGGGCCGCUGCAGCGUGGAGUCACAGUCCGAGGCCGCACUCACAGAUGUCUCCACAGGUGCUUGGUCGCCCCCUCAGCGGCAGCAGCAGCAGUCGCAGCUGGCGCCCCCUGCAGACAGAGGGGGGCGGGCGGAGGCGGAAGGAGAGGUGCGGCGGCUGACGGCGCAGGUGCGGGACCUCGAGAGGCGCCUGCAUGCGCUCACAGGCAGCCUGGAGUGGCUGUCCAGCGGCUCCCCGCGGCCUCUCAGCCCGCUGGCCCCCGGCAACACGACGGCCGCCACUGCGGCGCCGCUGCACGUGCCGCUGACUGCCGAGCAGUGCGUGGAGCAGGCGCGCCGCCACGUGUCGCAGGCCGAGCUGCUGGACAGGGGGCGCCCGCUGGCCAGCGAGUUCGAGAUGGUGGCCUUCUCGCACUUCACGCUGAGCCGCGUCUACCCCGUCGAGCUGGCGCUCGGGAAGCGCGUCGUCGAGAAGCCCAUCGGCUUCCGCAAGCUGGACCUCCUGGAGGCUCUUAUGCAGGCCCUGGAGACUCUGAACAGCAGCAGCGGCGGCGGUGGCGGCGGUGGGGAGCGCUUCUCGCUGUCGGACUUCAGCGAGGGCGUGUACCGCACCGAGCCCACGACGGGCACGCAGUACGAGCUGGUGUUCCGCGGCCCCGGCGGCGGAGGCGGGAGGCGCGUGACGCUGGCGCGGCCGCUGCUGGCGCCGCUGGUGGUGGGGGUGGAGCGGCUGGCGGCCCCCCGGGGGCGGCCCACGGUGCACGUGCUGCUGCCGCUGGCCCCGGGGCCCGCCGCGCACUUCCGCGCCUUCAUGGACAAGUUCGUGCGCAUCGCGCUCAAGAACGACCGCAGGGUGCAGCUGACGGUGGUGUUCUUCGGCGAGGAGGGUCUGGCCGAUGCGCGGUCGGCCAUGUCUCGCGCGCUGUCGCUCUCCCCCCGCGGCGGGCCGCCAGACCAGCUGCGGCUGCUGGCGCUCAACGAGUCCUUCUCCAGGAGCCGCGGGCUGCGCGUCGCCGCCGACAGGGCCGCCGCCGCGCCCGGGGACGCGCUGCUCUUCCUCUGCGACGUCCACCUCGUCUUCAGCGCCAGGUUCCUCGACCGCUGCCGCUGGAACGCCCAGCCGGGCAAGAAGGUGUACUACCCGAUCGUGUUCAGCCUGUACAACCCGCACGUGGUGUACACCCUGCAGGGCCGGCCGCUGCCCCCGGAGGCCGAGCAGCUCGUCAUCUCCAGAGACACCGGCUUCUGGCAGGACGCAGACUUCGCCACCUCCUGCCAGUACAGGUCUGACUUUCUGAAGGCGUCCACCCCGGCGGAGGACCCACCCGGCUGGGGUGGGGAGGGCGUGUCGCUGUACCGCCGCCACGUGCGAUCGCCCGUCAAGGUGGUGCGCGCCACAGACCCCGGCAUCUUCCGCCUGUGGCACCCCAAGGAGUGCAGUCGGCGGCUGCCAGCGGAACAGCUGCGAGCCUGCCUGAGGAUGCGCGCCCUCAGCGAAGCGUCGCACGCGCAGCUGGGACUGCUCGCCUUCCGCGACGAGUCGCGCCACGCCUGACGAUGGAAUACGUCUAGUGGACGAAACGUCGCCUACCUAAGAACGGGCCAUCUCACUGAAGCGUUGUAUACCCAGCUGGGGCCACUCGUGCUCCAAACCUGAUGGUGGACUACCCCUACUACUACGGCAAAACCCUCUUCCCGUGGAAGUGCGCCUUCGCCGAAGCAGAACGUUCGCAGCUCCGGCUGCUUGCCUUCCUCGACUUCAGCAAUGCUUGACGAUGUAGUACGUCCCGCGGCCUGAAGUACGGCGACCUUACAGAAACGACACAUGCACAACUGGCCAAAUGAUGCCUCCCCUGACGAUGAAGUCCGGUUUGCAGUAUAAAUGUUGCCUGUUUCUGGAUGUGUACUCUAAUCAAAACGUCUUAUAUUGCUGGCACUGCUGAAAGUUGUGCUACAGCUGACGUUGGACUCACAUUUCACGGCCGAAAAGUCUCCUGCCUUGGGGCGAAUGCCCUCAGCAAAACAUCACAAGUGCCGCUGAAGCAGCUCCAAUUAUACCAUGGGAUGUGCCAAAACGUCGGCUGGCGGAUGAUGCUCACCCACACACACGUGUCACGUUGUGCUUUAAAGUGAGAUCCGUCGCAUGGUCAAAACGUCUCCAUAGAAUGGCAGUGGUACAGUCACAGAGCUUCAGACCUGCGAAUCAAUGGUACUAAGUAGACUGACUGUGGCUCACCUCACAAACGAGUCUUGGACUGUGUACGAAACUGUGUAG